AUGACGAAAUGUAGCCCGGCUGGAACAAUAUCGACGACGACGACGACGGCUACAGCGCCAGCAGCAACAACAGCACCAACCAGCAAAAUGCUUGCGAUGAGCAUGGACUCCUUUGAUGAAGUGGAAUCUACAGUAAAUUCCAAAUUCAACGAGUGUGACAGUGCGAAAGUCGAACAUGAUACGGAAACAAAAGUACCGAAAUCAUGUUUGCAUCAGCCAUCAUCUGUUGUUGCGAAUGAUAUGUUGAAUGCAAUAAAUAAAUCACUGGUGCCGUCUAGCAUGGCCAUUAGUACGAUGUCAGCGACGCUAACGCCGCCGCCGACAACGACGACGAUAUGCGCUUCCUCCAAUGGUAAUCACCGUUACAGCGACGCUGGUAAAACGGCACAAAAAUCAAAGCUUUUGAUGACACAUCAAAUUCCGUCCGAGAAUUUAGUUGUGCCACCGAGAAAGCCAAUCAGUAGUGUAGCUCCGACAUCAAUAACUCCAUCCGUCAAAUCAACCAUACCAAGUCCGCGUGUGCAUGCCGUUGCGCCCAAUGUGAAUUCCACGCCGAUUUUGUCGACAACUGAAUUGUUGGAUAAAUCACGACCAGCCUUGCCACCGAAACCAAAUAAAAAUAGCGACAGCAGCAGCGGCAGUAGCAAUGAAUCGUCGCCAACAUCAUCAGCAUCGUCGGCGAAUGGUAAUGCGAAUCAUCAUCGAAGCACGUCAUCAAUAACAACUCCAAUGCCAAGCCAAGCCAAGCCAUUGACGAUAAAAAAGCAACCGCUGUCCGAACAGCCACGUCUUCGAUCGCUUGCGUCGGGCAUUAAACCAAUUCAAUACAGUUCACGGCGCAUUGAAAUGCCAUCAACGAUGCUACUGUUUCCCGAAAAUGAACGCUUCAAAUCGAACAUCGAUGAAAAUAAAAUGCUAUCGACGAAGAUGUUCACAGCGUCGUCGGCAGCGGCAGCCGAUCAAAAUAAGACCAACAAAUCACCGGCUGGCAGUAGUAACAGUAGUCUCGAUGAGAAUGAUAAAUCGACCAUUUCGUCGAUGAGCAGUGAUGCGGAGAAAACAGUUGUAGCACCGUUGUCACAACCGCCACAAAAUAACGAAGUGGUGCGUCGACAGAGAUCGUCAAUGAGCGAUAGCAGCACAAAAGUUAAAUUAACGCGACGCGUUAGUUUCGACCCGUUGGCCUUACUCUUGGAUGCCAGUCUCGAGGGUGAACUGGAACUCGUUCAAAAAACAGCUGCUCAGGUGCCCAAUCCGAGUGCGGCGAACGAUGAAGGAAUCACUGCUUUGCACAAUGCAAUCUGUGCCGGACACUUUGAUAUUGUCAAAUUUCUGGUGGAAUUUGGCUGCGAUGUUAAUGCUCAAGACUCUGACGGCUGGACGCCAUUACACUGUGCGGCGAGCUGCAACAAUUUGGCCAUGGUGAAAUUUUUAGUUGAAGCAGGAGCCUGUCUAUUCGCAUCGACGCUGUCGGAUCACGAAACUCCGGCCGAAAAAUGUGAAGAAGACGAAGAAGGCUUCGAUGGAUGUUCGGAGUAUUUGUACAGCAUUCAAGAAAAAUUAGGUAUAAUGAAUAAUGGAGAGGUGUAUGCGGUAUUUUCGUACGAAGCUCAACAGUCGGAUGAGCUAACGUUUGAAGUCAACGACCAGCUGAUAAUCUUGCGAAAAGGUGACGAUGCCGAACGGUGGUGGGCUAAAAUGAAGGAAACUGGCAAAGAAGGUUACGUUCCGCGCAAUUUAUUAGGGCUCUACGCACGCAUUCCCCUGAAACAGCCAUUAUCCGAAUAA